ACUAUAUAUAUACUAUUCAAACAAUUCUAUUAUACAAUAUGUCAUAUAACUUUCUUAAUCAAGUUGCCGUUGUUACCGGCGGUCUUUCAGGAAUCGGUUUAGCUACCACCAUUAAAUUACUUCAAAAUGGUGCUAAAGUUAUCGUUGGAGAUAUCACUGCAGAAAAUAAAGUAGGUGCUAUUCUUGAUUCCAUCAAGAAAGCUUCUGGUAGUAAAGAUGUUAAGUUCAUAAGAACUGAUGUUACUAAUUAUAAAGCUAAUCAAGAAUUGGUUAGUUAUGCCGUUGAUCAAUAUAAAGAUUUAAAUCUUGUAUUUGCUAAUGCUGGUAUUGUAACUCCAAAUGAAGGAGCUGAAAUCCCUUAUGAAGAAUGGGAAAAAGUUAUAAAUACAAACUUAACUGGUGUUUUCUCUUUAAACAAAGAAGCUAUUAAUUAUUGGCUUAAAAACAACAAGAAGGGGAAUAUCGUUAAUACUGGUUCAAUUUUAUCAUUUGUUGGUAAUCCUGGUUUAGCUCAUUAUUGUGCUUCAAAAGGUGGGGUUAAAUUAUUAACUCAAACUUUAGCCAUUGAAUAUGCUAAAAAGGGGAUUAGAAUUAAUUCAGUUAAUCCUGCUUACAUAGAUACACCUUUAUUAAGGGUAUUACCAAAGGAUGUUUAUGAUGCUUUAGCUGCAAAACAUCCAAUUGGAAGAUUAGGUACUUCGGAAGAAGUAGCUAAUGUGGUUGCUUUCUUAUUAUCAGAUCAAGCAACUUAUGUCAAUGGUACGUCUGUUUUGGUGGAUGGAGCCUAUACUGCUCAAUAAGCGUGUAUUAGAUGAUUUUUUACUGUCAUUUAUAUUUUGAAAUACUUCUGGAAAGCCAAUAUUUAUGUUUGUUUUAUUAAUAUAAAAAGACUUCGAAUUGAUUAG